UAAAACAAUUGGGACUUGCACAAAUGUUAUUUAGUAAAAACCUGCAUAACAAAUAAUGAACACUCACCAAGUUGUACCCUUCGUUGCGAAUUACAUUGUUUUAAGGUUGAUACGUGCAGAGUUGUGCUGUCUUCCGAAACUCCAGGUGGCAGUAAUUCUAAGAAGGCCGUUAAUGUUAGUACAUGGGUUUCCCGGCGAUCAAAGAAGUGUAAACAUGGCGUCAGUCUGUAUCACUGUACAGAGUAAGAAUGUAACAGAACGGCUACAACGAGCUUAAUUUGUCACGCGGGUGUUUUCUGAGUGGAUAAAAUAGUGUCACCAUGGAGCUGUCCGAGCGUCGUAGUGGUAGGUGUUAAAUAUCUGUUUUGGCGAUUUGCUCGAGACGGGACCCUUCCUCUCGCUUUGCCAUCCUUGCGUCUCUUGGUGUCCCCUUUGCGUCUGAUGUCAGCGUGUAUGUGGCACAUAGCGAAAUGCAACAGAGUGUCCCACUACGAUAAGAUGGAGGAGUUUGUGACCCUUGUGACAGAGGCAGUGCCAAGCCUUUUGAGUUACGGCCAGAGAGCUGAGCUCAUUCUGCGACUUAGAACAAGAAGGGUUUUGGAGCUGUGUCAUGCAGAGAAACCCCUCAAUCCAAGGAUUAUUCAGUCUCACCUGUACAAUCUGGACAGCCUUGUAAAACCAGGUAAUGAUGGAGACGUUGACAGGUUCCUGACCGAAUUUAGGACGUUUAUUCAAGCCCUCCUAGAAAACACAGUCUCAAGAGAUCACUAUUUACAGCAGUCACAUUCCAUGGAAUCUGGGCUGCUUCAUGAUGCUGCAUUACAAAGUCUUAUAUGGGAUUUCCUUACCAAAGUAGAUGGACUCUGGCAAACGCCUGACUUGGAGCAGACAGCAUCUUGGCUAGGUGCCGCCUCUUCUGCUGUGGACACCUGCCUGCAACCUCUCGAUGAUCCAAAUGAUUUGAGAAAUCUGCUUCAGCAUAAUAACCAGUUUAAGACCAACACAGACACACAUGAUGGCCCUCCACCAGCGACACAGAUUCCCAAUGAAGCCGCCUUCCCUGACCAAGAUCAAGACAGCCAGUCGUUCCGGUGCCAUACCACUAGCUCUCAUACAGAGUGUUUGGAAGCUGUAGCAAGCACAUCGACUCCCACUGAAGGUAGUCAUGGUGAUUAUAAUGAUGACAAUGAUGAUGACGGAUAUAGUCAGAGUAAUCCAGCUGUAGUACAGAGCCUGCGCUGUUUGGAACUGGAACAUAUUACAAAUGAAGAGAAGGCUUCAGUGGAUGAGGACAGCCAGACUGUGGAGAGGAAGCAGUUUGGGUCUGACAGCCCACAUGAGGAAAGAGGCAAAGAGCAGAGGAUAGAUAUCUUCUCAAGUCCUCAGGGGGAUGGAGCCAGGGUUGGAGAACAAGUGUUUGAGUGUACAGAAGUUUUGCAGAGUGACGUUGUAAAGGAGGCUCCUGAUUCACACCGUGAAGGUCCUGUGUCACUUCCUGCUUCCCCCGUUGCCCACUCCUCCCCUUGUCUAGCGCACGCUCAAUCCGCUAAAACUAUUCGCCAAAAGGCAAGUCCACGGCUCAGAUCGAGAACAGUGAACAUUGUGAAGUGGGUCUCCCAAAUAGUGGGUGAAGGCAUCUCUCUUCCGGUUCUACCUCCUCUGCCUACUAGUUCCUUUAUUAAGAAGGUUAAGCUCACUCCUGAAAGCCGUAGAGCUGGCAAGGCCAUUUUUCGCAAAAAGAGUGAGAGGGAAGAACCGCUAAAGGACAAGGUUAUCCAGCGCACUAAAACGAUUAACAAAAAUCAUGUGUGCUCAGAGUGCGGUAAGGCCUACAGCUUUAGAGGGCAGCUGGAGAGACACGAGCGCACUCACACGAAUGAGCGGCCGUUUGAGUGCUCCGAGUGUGGGCGGCUCUUCUCCUGCCUCACCUACCUCACGAAUCACCGGGACACACACACUGGGGUGCGGCCAUUCAAGUGCAAUGUCUGCGACAAGGCCUUCCUCAGAAGGGUCUACCUGCGCAACCACCAACGCACGCACACAGGAGAAAAGCCCUUCAAGUGCACCGUGUGUGGCAAGGGCUUCUCUCAGAGUGGUUACCUGAAGAUCCACCAGGCGAGCCACAACGACCAACACCUCUUCCCCUGCCCGCACUGCCCCAAGAGGUUCCCCAGUGCCUUUAAGCUGCGCAUGCACGAGCGCUACCACUCUGCGCCGCGCCCUUACCAGUGCCAGCAGUGCGGACGGAGCUUUAUCGCCGCCUCGCUGCUCCAGCGCCACCGCGGUUACCACGAGGGUGAGCGCAAGUUCCUGUGCAGCAUGUGCGGGCGCACCUUCGUCUACAUGUCCGACCUGAAGCGGCACCAGCUGGCCCAUGAGCGGCCGCCGGAGCACCCGCCCUGCCCGAUCUGCCAUAAGGUCCUCUCGGACAAAUACACACUCAAGUACCACAUGCGCAUCCACACCGGGGAGAGGCCGUACUGUUGCACCGAGUGUGGCAAGACCUUCACGCAGCAGGAGAACGUCAAGAGCCACAUGAGGAGGCACACAGGCGAGAGACCGUUCCCCUGCCAGGUGUGUGGGAAGACCUACAAGCACUCGUCCAACCUUCGCGACCACAUGCGCUGCCAUACUGGAGAGAGGCCCUACAAGUGUGACCACUGUGAGAGGGCCUUCAAGACCUCUAGCCUCCUGAAAGCCCACCGGAGGACCCACAUGGGCAAACGAUGAGGGGCUGAUGAGCUCCCCCACCAGACAAGGCCCGCCACUGAGAACAGCAGGAGCCCGAGGAAAACAAAGGAACCUAACGUCCUCUAGAACUUGUGUUCCUUGUACACUUGCCUCAAUCUGUCAAUGAAAAAAAUAACUUGGAUUGGAAUUGAAAUGGUGUAUAUCGUUACAACUUGAAAUGACACAAAUGCAUAUUAUUGGUCACUAACAUUUCUACGGUUCUCAUUUUUUUAUAUCCACUCCUUGGCAUAUUCUGAAACGUGUAUAUUAAAAUAUCAAGAGCAAUAAAAGGGCAAGUAUUCCCAUUGA